CACUGCUCCACUUCUCUCGGUUCUCACCAUAUAAACCCCCAAGGAGCGUUCCAUUUGCCCCAUAAGCUUUUUGCGAUCUUCCCCACCGCCGCAUCGCAUUCUCCGAUUCGAAGCUCUCACAGGCUCACAGCUCGCGUCGCAGCCAUGGCGAAGAACUACCCGACCGUGGGCGCCGAGUACCAGGAGGCCGUCGAGAAGGCCAGGCGCAAGCUCCGUGCCCUCAUCGCCGAGAAGAGCUGCGCCCCGCUCAUGCUCCGCCUCGCGUGGCACUCGGCGGGGACGUUUGACGUGUCGUCGAAAACCGGGGGGCCCUUCGGGACGAUGAAGAACCUGGCGGAGCAGGCGCACGGCGCUAACGCGGGGCUGGACAUCGCGGUGCGGAUGCUCGAGCCAGUCAAAGAGGAGUUCCCCAUCCUCUCCUACGCCGAUCUCUACCAGCUUGCGGGAGUUGUGGCCGUGGAGGUCACCGGUGGGCCUGAGAUCCCUUUCCACCCAGGGAGGGAGGACAAGCCUCAGCCCCCACCUGAGGGCCGCCUUCCUGAUGCUACCAAGGGUUCUGACCACCUGAGGCAAGUCUUCGGUAAGCAGAUGGGCUUGAGUGAUCAGGACAUUGUUGCCCUCUCUGGUGGUCACACCUUGGGACGGUGCCACAAGGAGCGGUCUGGUUUUGAGGGCCCCUGGACUAGAAACCCUUUGGUCUUUGACAAUUCUUACUUCACGGAGCUUCUGAGUGGUGACAAGGAAGGCCUCCUUCAGCUCCCAAGUGACAAAACCCUGCUGAGCGACCCUGUCUUCCGCCCUCUCGUGGAGAAAUAUGCUGCGGAUGAGAAGGCUUUCUUUGAUGACUACAAGGAGGCCCACCUCAAGCUCUCCGAACUGGGGUUCGCUGAUGCGUAAAAGGCUGUGUUCUAGAAUAACUACGCUCUGCUGCUAGUAUGCGACCGUGCAAUCUUGUUUUGCAUCUAGAGCCAGUGUGAACCAGCAGACUACCAAGUGUCUUCUCUAAUAAAUUUGUCGGCCUGAGGCCAUCCUUCAGUACUUCAACGAUGGUUCAAUGGGCUGUAUGGCUAUGAAACUACUAGAUCUGUCUUAAGAAAUGCAGUACGUUCCCAUGGUACUUUAUGCAUAAACCGUGCCUGUAUGUUAUCCGGCUGUUGUUCUGCCCUGUUCUUGGAUCUGUUCUAACGUGGUUAUGGUUCACAGCU